AUGGUGUUUAAAGUUGCUGAAGAAAGUGUUGCUGAUGAAGUGGGCAUUUGCAAAGUAUUGGAUGAGCUUCGUAUGCUUUUGCAAUUGGAUAGGAAUUUUGCACAGAUUGGGUUCUAUUUAGGAAUCUCUGAGACUAAUGCAUGUAGAGCUGAACAAGUUUUUUGUUGGAUCUAA